AUGCAGAACGCCUGCAGUUCGUUGGAAGAUCGUCGGACCCAGCACCCUGUCCCAGUGGAUCCUCAGCUGGGGAUCCACUCGGUUAGGGCCCUGACCGGUUGGACGGUUGGAAGCAUCGAGCUCCAGGUCGAGGACGCCUGUCGCAGCUGGGCCGCUCCCCUCACGCCGCUGGGACGCCGGCGGCUGCGGGAGCACACCCAUGGCUUGCUCCGAGCACCUCCACCAAGCUGGGAGGGUUUCCUCUGGCGCUUGGAGCAGCUGAGCGCCUGGACCGUCGAGAGCCGCGGCACCGCGACGGCCCAGCGGCUCUCGGCGCUGCUGGCGCGGCAGCCGGAGGUCUUCUCCGAUGCGACGGUGCAGCCGCUGUGGGAGGAGGAGGGCCUCGUGGCACUGCACAAGCCUUGGUGCAUGCGAGUCUAUCUCCCUCGUGAUGCAACCGGGCAGCGCUACAGGACUUGGCCCCAGGAGCUGACAGUGCAUGACUGGCUCAUGGAGAGGUACCCAGCCCAGCGGCCUCGCAUGUGCAAUCGCCUGGACUUUGCCACCAGCGGUCUCAUGCUCGUGGCGUUGAGCUCCUCUGCCGCGAAGGCCGUGCGAGAACUCUUCACCCGGCAGCAGGUGCAGAAGACCUACCAAGCGCUGGUUCUGGGCUCUCCGCCUCCUUCCUGGGACACACCGUCCAUCUUGGAUGCUCCGCUGGCCGACGCGCCGCGCGGCGCGGUGGGGCCGCCGCGCCGGGCGGUGGGGCCGGGCGGCGGCCAGGCAGCCGAGACGCGGGUGCGGGUGCGGCAGCGGGGUUGGUGGCCGAAGGCCUUGCCACCAGAUGGCCUCGCAGAGACGGCCACCGCGCCGGCGGAGGGUGGGGCCCCCGCGCCCGUGCUGCGGCGGAGACGCCUGGCGGCGGCGCUGAUCGAAGCGGAGCCACGGACAGGGCGGAGGCACCAGAUCCGCGUCCACCUCGCCUCCGAGCAGCUGCCCAUUUUGGGCGACGACAGCUACGGCGGCCAGCCCUGGGGGCAGCGCGGCGACGUGCACCGGAUGUAUUUGCACUCCUGGCGCGUGCGCCUGCCGUGGAUGGAUCAAAGUCAUCUCAUCGAGGACCCCAUGGACUGGAGCCAGCUUAAAGAGCCUCCCAUAGCACCGAGGCAUGCGAGCGAGAACCCCAAGCUGCCAGCCAAGUUGAAGGAGCUCGGGAUCACCUUCAUCGGCCCCCCUUCUGGCGUGAUGGCGGCGUUGGGCGACAAGAUUGCGGCCAACAUCUUGGCGCAAACGGCCAAGGUGCCCAGCAUUCCCUGGUCUGGCGACGGCCUCACGUGCGAGCUCACUGCAGACGGCGAGGUGCCGGACGAGGUCUUUCAGAAAGCCAUGGUGAAGACCGUCGAGGACGCCAUGGCGAGGGCCGAAAAGGUGGGCUUCCCCAUCAUGGUGAAGGCGUCCGAGGGCGGUGGCGGCAAAGGCAUCCGAAAGGCCACCAACAUGGAGGAGCUGAAGUUGGCAUUCACCAACGUGCACACCGAGGUGCCAGGCUCCCCGAUCUUCUUGAUGCGCAUGGUCUCCAAGGCUCGACACUUGGAGGUUCAGAUCCUGGGCGACGAGUACGGCAACACCUUGGCGUUGAACGGCCGUGAUUGCUCCACGCAGCGGCGCUUUCAGAAGAUCUUCGAGGAGGGACCACCCACGAUCGCCAAGAAGGACGU